AUGAACCAGUUUGAGCGUGUGAGGAUACUUGGACGUGGGUCGUACGGUAUCGCAAGCCUCGUUCGCAAGCGAAAGAGCUUGACAGGUACCUUGGACAUUGAAGAAGAUGUACAGCUCUCUGUGGCCAAGGAGAUCGACCUACGGACAAUGCCAAGAGCCGCUCUGGAGGAGACGGAAAACGAGGUGCGAAUAUUAAAGUCGCUGAGCCAUGUGAACAUCGUUGCGUACUACGACACGGUCAUGGAGGAUGGCACAAUGUACAUCCUCAUGGAGUACGCAGACGCGGGUGACCUGUUCUCGGCUGUGAAGUGCAGGAGAUCAGAGUGUCGCCAUUUUGAGGAGCUGGAGGUUCUCUCCAUCCUGUUACAGUGUGCACGAGCUCUGCGUCACAUCCAUGCGAGGCGAAUCGUGCACAGGGAUCUCAAAAGUCAGAAUAUUUUCCUGUCCAAUGCGGGAGGUGGCGGUUGUAUUGUAAAGAUCGGAGAUUUCGGCAUCGCGAAAGUGCUGCAGCAUACCAGGGGUUUAGCACAGACCUUGAUCGGCACGCCGAGCAACCUCCCCCCAGAAGUUUGUGACAGCAAGCCGUAUGGCACGAAGGCUGAUAUUUGGUCCCUUGGCGUGGUCUUUUACGAACUUUUGACACUGGAGCCUCCGUUUAAGGCGAUGAGCCUAGCUGCGCUGGCCAUCAAAAUAGUGAACGGUGAGCCCAAGCCCAUCCUCAAUGACUUCUAUGCGGAAGAGGUCCGUGGGCUUGUGCGACCGAUGCUGGAGAAGGAUCCGGCAAGGCGACCCAGCGCUGCGCGGUUGCUUCAAAAGAACCCUCUGCGCCGCGUUGCCCAGAUGCCGUCGCUCCCCAUGCUUAUGGAGCGACCAUCCUCCAGCAGCAUCUCGGAGGUGGAAACGCUGACGCCGGCAUCUGUCGGUCGAGCCUCCUUAGGAGUGCUCGAGGUGCAGACGCCGCGAUCGCAGGAGGGGGAACCCUCAGUCCCGGCUACACCGGGCAGCACCACACUGCUGGAGCCACUGGGUUCGCCAAGGCAUUUUGUGGCCACACCCGUUUCUGAAGCUGCAGGUUCGCUGUGCGUCCAAACGGACUUGCUGACAGAGUUGGACGUCUUGUCGCAGGCGAUGCUGCCGUGCCGCACGGGCGAGAUCCUGAAGGAGGACCCCGGGCAGCGACGGCAGACAACCGCCAAGUGCCGGAAAGCGACGUCCGUGCAAGGCCGUGGAAGCAGCAACACCGCCGCGCGAUACAGGCGGAGCCUCUCCUCUGGAGCCGGCUUCGGGAUCUCGGCGGUGCAAGGCGAGAGCACCUGGGCGAGGCCACCUUGUGCUCGAAGCUCUUCCAGGAAGAAGUUGAAACCGCAGCGUCCGCGGCCUACUCCGUUGGCAGAAGCCGCUAGCUGCGAACAGUUCUUCCAGGGGCAGCAUUUGCAGCUGCCGGCCCUGAAGCCGUCAUCACUGCCGCCGACGCCUCGCAGCGAUGGCACUGAGGGCAGUAGAGCGUCGAGCAUCGGGGUACUUCGAUGUCGCCCCGGGCCAAUGGGGCUGCCUUCACCGGUACAGGCGCCUGGAAGCCGAUCUCGGCGGAGCCCUGCCGCCGACGCGGCACCACGGCCGCCGCGUGAUUUCGUCACGGUGCCUUCCCCAUCGGGUGAGCGAGUGGACAUCCGACCUUCGCCACACUUCUCGCGGCGUUUGGCCUCGCUCUCUGAGGAGCAGACUCGCUCCGGGCCACGUACUCUCUCACGGCGUCGGGGGAUUCAGGGCCUGGGAAGCGAAAAUGCAUCGGCGGAUCUGAAGGCCGGAUGUUCCACGGAGGAGGUGCUUGGCGAGGAGGAGCGCCUGCCUCGUCUCUUGGGAAGAUGUGGAGCACCGGAGGCGCUCCACAGCAAAGCUAGCGGUGAGCACCGGCCCGGCCGCGCCAAGCCUGAAAUCUUAUCAUGA